AAAUUGAAACUGAAACUCAUACAAAGGAUCAUAAAUUGAAAAUGAAAUUCAUCAUUCUUGCUCUCAUGUAAAACUCAUAUCCCUGAGGCAAUGUAACAGUGCUAGAAAAUCACCUGAUAGCACUUGGAAGGCAUGAACUUUAACUUAAAUUUUGUUUCUCCUGAAACAUAUAAAUACUCCCCAUUUCUGCACUUUUUGGAACAUCAUUUUCACUUCAGCGUGCAAGAACAAAUGAAGAUGUCAUCACUCUUGAUCAUCACACUUGCAGCAGUUUUAUUUGUAGCACGGGUUCACUCCCUACAGUGUUACAGUUGUCACUCAUAUGUUACCAGUGAUCAAUGUACAUCAACUGCUACAUGUUCAUCAUCUGAACCUUCCUGUAUGAAGAUAUCAGGAGAAUCUAAUCUGUGCAACUCCGCAUUGAGUGUUAAUAUUAACUAUAAGGUUUUAGUAGCUUCAGCAUGUGCAAUUAUCACUGCUAUAAAAUUUGUAUUUUGAUGCAGCCCAACGUAUGCAUUAUUUUUUCUCAUUAAAACUGAAUCCAAAUUGUAUAGUUCAGAAUUGCUUGUAAUGUUUGGAAAAAAUGUUUGAAUCAUGUUAUAAACAUCAUAAAAAUAUAUCUCA